AUGUACGAAUUUCGUCUAAAUUUAAGAUGAUAAGAAGGUAUCGAGUGAUAAAAUUAUUGAAGUUUUACGGAUAUUGAAUGCUUUUGCUUUUAUUUUGUAUAAUUUGUUCGAAGAAAUUACCUUUUUGUAAAUAACUUCUUAGUUAUACUCAUUUUCCAAUCUCCCCGGUUACUUCGUCAAUGUUCGAUCAUCAUCGUAAUUCGUAGACCGUAGUAUAACUACCCUAAAGAUGAGCCAGUCUACUUCCGCUGCGUUAGAUUCUAAGGCAAAGACCACGAUCCCGGAAAAUCACUGUCUCGUCGAUGUGAAAUGGGGAAAAAUCUCUUACCUGUGGACUAUCAAACAUUUCCACCAAUUUCAUUGCGAAGUUAAAGAGAUUCUGGAAUCGACCAAAUUUACCGUUUCCACGCAUCCCGAAUACAAAUGGUUUUUGCGAUUAUUAAUCAAGAACUCGAGGCCAGAAAAUGCCGAUUAUUUCGGGUUAUUUUUAUGUCUAGAUUCGACCGAUGCGGAUACCGAUAAUGUAUUAGUUAAGGCAAAGUUAUCUUUACUGGAUGAUAAGCGAAACGACGCGUUUUUCCGCCAAAUUUCCAUAGUAUAUGGAGAGGAAAUCGAAGACUGGGGGUACUCCGGUUUUAUUACGAAGAAAAAACUACUCGAUACGAAUCCAAGCAACAAACUCUUAGUCGAUGACACGUUAACAAUUCUUUGCGAAGGUAAAUUCGCUGUAGCAAACAGUGCCUCAUAUGAAACGGUGGAGUGGCGUGGAACGCAAUCAACGACUUCCGAGAGUAAUCUUCCGAAAAGUUUGGGCCGUCUAUUGCGCGACCAAGACUUAGUAGACGUAACAUUUUCAGUAAAUGGAAAGAAUUUCGGCGCUCACAAGAGUAUUUUAGCGGCACGAAGUCCUGUGUUCGCAGCCAUGUUCACGCACGACAUGAAAGAAACUCGUCUCAAUCAGGUGAAUAUAUCGGAUAUGACUCCUGAAAUAUUCGAAGCAUUUUUACGAUAUAUGUACACUGACGAAACUCCAGAUGUAAAGAUGGUGCGUGAUUUACUCGUAGCAGCUGAGAAAUAUAAUGUUGAUAGUCUAAAACUACUCUGCGAAGAAAUGAUAUUGAAGAAUUUGUCGUUAGAAAACGCCACCGACGUUUUAGUGUUCGCUGAUUUACAUCGGGCCGAACAAUUGAAAAAACAUGUAAUGUUUUAUAUCAAAACGCAUCCUACUAACAUCAUGUCAACUCAGUCCUGGAAAAGCGCGAUUUUGACACGUCCUCAUCUGUUCGAUGAUGUGAAUGGAGUAAAUGGACCUGUUGCAGUAUCAUCAGAUGUUUCGGUUGCAGAGUCGAAUGAGACGCCGGCCAAAAAAAGACGUAAAAAGAGGAGAAAUUAAGCGAACUUGAAAACUGAAUCAUUCUGUAAUAAAAUUAUAGUUAUCGUUUAGAUUUUUCUCCCACUUUGAAAUUUUCAAUGUUUUAUUAUUAUCAGUCAUUCAGUGGCGUUUUGUAUUUCCUACUAUAUGGGUACCUUAUUAUAAUCAUUUCAUUAAAAAAAUACCUAUUUUGUUUCUUUUUGAUAA